AUGCCAGGACAGGGGCAAGCUCUGCCUAAAUUGUGGGCUUUACUACUUUAUGCUCCUUUAUUUUUUAUUCGUUCCUGCGAUGGUCACGGAAGGCUAAUCGAACCGCCAAGCAGGGCAUCGGCCUGGCGCUAUGGAUUCCAAACACCGCCAGAUUACAAUGACCAUGAGCUUUAUUGCGGCGGGUUUACACGCCAAUGGAAGCGAAAUGGUGGAAAGUGCGGCGAGUGUGGAGAUGCGUGGGACAUGCCGGAGCCACGGCCCCAUGAAAACGGUGGUCAGUGGGGGCAAGGCGUGAUUGUGCGAAGUUAUUUGCCAGCAUCCGAGAUGACGAUUCGGGUUGAAUUAACUGCCAGCCACAUGGGGUAUUUUGAGUUUCGGUUAUGUGAUGAUCCGGGUGCCAAACAGGCAUGCCUAGAUAAAAAUAUCCUGCAUAUACUUGGUGGAUCUCCUGCGCAUCCAAGUCCAGCGGAUUUGGACAGCCGCUUCUAUCCUCGAAAUGGAAGUCGCAUAUAUGAAAUCAAAGCACGCUUACCUGAAAUGACAUGUAAUCAAUGCGUGCUGCAGUGGCGCUACGUUGCUGGCAAUAAUUGGGGCAUGUGCAACGAUGGUAAUGGUGCAGUUGGCUGCGGACCCCAGGAGGAAUUUCGUUCGUGUUCAGAUAUCGCAAUAACCACGGAUGCACGACCUCCUAUGCGACCUAUUCGACCUUUACACCCAACGCCCACACGACCUAGUGUCGAGGUGGACAAUCCGCCCGUUCCCCCUCCCCGGACCAAGCGAGACGGAAGGAUGCGGGAAUUGUCAGCUAAUGCCUCAAGUGUAGCCUAG